UAACAUAAUUAAAGAAUAAAACUUAAAAAAAAAAAAAAAAACUGAAGAAAAGCAGACAUAUCCAGUGAAAAGAACACCCCCCUCCCCCCACCCGAAUGAUAUCAGAGCUGUUUGUAGACUGGGCCUGUGCCUAGAAAAGCUCCAAAGACGAACCAAAGACUUAAACGAUCACACAAGAGAAGCCCGUACAAUGCUUAUCCGGGGAUUGCUGAUGCUAGUGCUGCCCUCGAUCAUCCUAGGCAAUCGCUACAAUCAGCUGCACUUGUACGCCAAUGGGGCAGGCGGAGGAGGAGCCCCAUCGGCCACGGGGACUGGCACCUACAGGACCUCCACGUCGGCGCAGCAGAACGAGGUCUACUCGGUGGCGGACAGCCAGCCGAUGACAGAGGAUGGCUAUAUGCCAACGAAUCAGCAUUUCCCGCACCAACCGCACCCGGAUCUCGAUGCGAAUCCCGCCCAGAGCACCUGCCAGACGGUGUGCGCCUGCAAGUGGAAGGGCGGCAAGCAGACCGUGGAGUGCAUCGAUAGACACCUCAUCCAGAUACCCGAGCACAUCGACACGAACACCCAGGUGCUGGACAUGUCCGGCAACAAGCUGCAGACGCUCUCCAACGAGCAGUUCGUGCGGGCCAACCUCCUCAAUCUGCAGAAGCUGUAUCUGCGCAACUGCAAGAUCGGGGAGAUCGAGCGGGAGACCUUCAAGGGGCUGACCAACCUGGUGGAGCUCGACCUGUCGCACAAUCUGCUGGUGACGGUGCCCAGCCUGGCCCUGGGGUACAUCCCCUCGCUGCGGGAGCUGACGCUGGCCUCCAACCACAUCCACAAGAUCGAGGGCCAGGCCUUCGGGAACACGCCGUCGCUGCACAAGCUGGAUCUCUCCCACUGCGACAUACAGACGAUCUCCGCGCAGGCCUUCGGCGGCCUCCAGGGCCUCACCCUGCUCCGGCUGAACGGCAACAAGCUGAGCGAGCUGCUGCCCAAGACCAUCGAGACGCUGAGCCGCCUGCACGGCAUCGAGCUGCACGACAAUCCGUGGCUCUGCGACUGCCGACUGCGGGACACCAAGCUCUGGCUGAUGCAGCGCAACAUCCCGUAUCCGGUGGCGCCGGUGUGCUCCGGCGGACCCGAGCGGAUCAUCGAUAGGAGCUUUGCCGACCUACACGUGGACGAGUUCGCCUGCCGCCCGGAGAUGCUGCCCAUCUCGCACUACGUGGAGGCCUCCAUGGGGGACAAUGCGUCGAUCACGUGCCGGGCCCGGGCCGUGCCGGCGGCCAACAUCAACUGGUACUGGAACGGACGCCUGCUGGCCAACAACAGCGCCUUCACCGCCUACCAGCGCAUCCACAUGUUCGAGCAGCUGGAGGGCGGCGGCGGCUUCGAGAAGCGAUCCCGGCUGGUGCUCACCAACGCCCAGGAGACGGACUCCAGCGAGUUCUACUGCGUCGCGGAGAACAGGGCCGGCAGCGCCGAGGCAAACUUCACGCUCCACGUGAGCAUGCGGGCCGCCGGCAUGGCCUCCCUGGGCAGCGGCCAGAUCGUGGGCCUCAGUGCGGCCCUGGUGGCCCUCAUUGUGUUCGCUUUGGGCGUGAUCAUGUGCCUGCUGCUGCGCGUGAAGCGGCAGCCGUACGUCGACAGCAAGACGCCCAACCACAUGGAGGUGAUCACCUCCGUCAACCACCAGAACUCCAUCACGAACAAGACGCAGCCGGUGACCGGGAACGGCAGCAUCGGCGGCGUGGUCAUAGCCAACGGCGCGGUGGCCAACUGCAUCGACGGGGCUCUGAACCAGGCCGGAACGCUGGAGCGGAAGAGCAGCGGCCGGGGCUCGCAUGCGGCCGGCGGGCACGAGCGCAGCGCCAAUCCCGUCCAGAAGCCGCCGCGACUCACGGAUCUGCCCUACUCCACGCAGGGAUACGACAAUGCCGGCAGCGUCCUCUCCACGGCCUCGUGCUUCAUCUCGCCCACGGGCUCUGGGAAUGGGGGCAACAAUCCCGAUCUGAUCAACGACACGCAGCGCUUCGGCAGCGACGAGUUUGCCGACCUCAAGAUACCCAUUGUGGGUGGAGUGGGCGGAGUGGGUGGAGUGGGUGGCAGUGGGGAAUACAGUCGGGCCAAUGGCUGCGACUCUCUGUACCCCUCUGGCCUGUGGGAGCACGCCGCUCCGGCGGGCACCAGCUCGGCGGACGAUCUCUUCAUGAAGCGCUACACGGACAAGACGCCCAUCAUCGACUCCAGCCAGCUGUACGACCUGCACGAGCGCUCGGCGGCCACGGAUUACUUCAGCAAGACCUUCCCCCGGUCCCAUCUGCAGCAGGGCGCGGGCGGGGGAGGAGCCGGAGCCGUGUCGACCACAUCGACGGCCACGACAAACCUUUCGGGUGGCUCCUCGUCCGGCUAUCCGAAUGACUACGGCCUGCCGCUGGUGCCGGGAGCGGAGCACCAGCACAACCACCAGCUGCAGAUGCAUCCGCUGCAGCAGCUCCAGCAGCAGUUGACCUCCACCCUGAACCACCAGCACGGAGCGGGCGGAGGUGGGGGCGGUGUUGGGGGCAGCGCCGGCGGCUCGGCGGGCAGCAGUCCCCACUUCAGCAGCCGCACUCUGCCACGCCUGCACGAGGGGGGGGGCAACAGUGCGCGCUCCUCCCCCACCCCGGUGCCCGGCUCCAGUUCCUGCUCAAUUCUGCCCAACGGGCAGCCCAUCAAUGCCAAGACGAUACGGGUGUGGCAGAAGGGCGGAGUGCCGGUGCUGCCACCAGUGACGGCGCUGAAGCGAGCCCUCAUCAGCAGCAGUCGCAACAGCCCGGACGAGGGCUACCAGGAGGGGUGCGGCACCGAUGUUUAGGCCGCCUACCAGCGGCCCCCCCCCUCGAAGGAAGGAAACCAAGAACUGACUAAACUUAACAGAAUACCAGAUACAGAUACACAGAUACAGAUACAGAUACAGAUAUAGCUCUACAUAUACUCGUCGUACAUCCGAUAGAUACUUGGCUCUGAUCCUAGGCGAGGCGAUGAAUGAAACGAUGUUUGUGAUAGUGUCUGAAAACAAAAGAUAUCAAAUGCGAAUGAAGAUAAUAAUUGGCGAAAGCAAACGAGAGAAGAGGAGGCAAAAGAGGAGG